CCGCUAUUAAUUCUGUCAAAUUAGAAACAGUGAAAUGAAAUAGGAACCGAAAAAUAAAUUUAAAAAGAAAUCAGCAUUGUGUUGCCUUGACUUUUGAAGAAUUUGUUGAAAUCACUGGUGAUUUUAAAUAAUUUUGAAACAGCUCAUCUCUAACAAACCGAUUAUUGUGUUAUUUGCGUGCUUCAAAAUUACUGUCCAUUAAAUAUGCCGACCUCCACGUUUAGAAGUGACAGUGGUAAGACGAGAGUUAAGUCCAAAUCUCGCAGUAGCCGGGCAGGCUUGAGUAUGCCUGUGGGCAGAAUUCAUAGAAUUCUAAAGAACGGUAACUAUGCACCUCGCAUCGGCGGAGGGGCAGCAGUCUACUUGAGUGCUGUGCUUGAAUACUUAGCUGCCGAGAUAUUGGAGUUGGCUGCCAAAGCAGCUGAUGAUAACCAGAGAACUAGAAUCUCACCACGUCAUAUUUUACUGGCUGUUCGUAAUGAUGAUGAGCUGAACAAAAUGCUGGAGGGUGUAACUAUAUCGCAGGGCGGAGUGAUACCACACAUUGAACAGAAACUUUUACCAAAGAAGACAAAUAUGAAAAGUCAACAUAACACUAAUAGCUCAUCACAAGAGUAUUAAUGUUUAUUGACACAACUUUAUUUUGGCCAUAAUCACAGUUUCUGCAAAGGAGUGGGUAGAGAUGGGCACAUGUAACAACACCAAAUAUAUACCAGUUAUAACUUUCUAAGAAAUAAGGUGGAGCCGGUUGCUUCACAUUUAAAAGUCUGAAAAAAAUUGCAUUUCUAUCACUGAGAUUCUAUUAUAAUCUUAUAAAAAAGUGGUGUGCUACAUUUGUGCUUACUUCUGCCUACUCCCUACUGUGAGAAUUUUGAGAAAUUGUACUUGUGACUUGUUGAAAAAUUAUGUUGUAACUGUAAGUUUAUAUUAGUCCCUAGUGGAUGUGGCUGUGUAAUUUGUAAUGUAUGGGGCCGUUCAAGUAUUACGUAAGCAGAUUU